CCACCACUUACUGUCCACAUCUAGGCUGCUCCUGCCGCUGCUGCCGCUGCUCUUGCUGAAAUAUAUCAUCUUCAUCAUUCGUUACCACACGAAGCAGAACUUCACAUAAACACCACUUAUUCUCUUCUCCUGAUCUCAAGGCAAGGGGUUUCUCCGUAGUCUUCGUCCUUCCCCUCUCUCCUCCUCGUCCACAAUACCUCCUGUCACCGUCUUAUCUUGACAGUCGUCUGCCCCCAAACCCUCGCUCGAGCCAUUCCCUCUGUACCCUGCCUGUUCCAGUGUUCAACUGGCUAUAGCUAUGUUCGGAAUUGUGGCAGAUCUGAUUGCUUCUGUCACCACCAUCCUCCUGCCUGCCUACCUUUCAUACAAAGCCCUCCGCACAAAUGAUCCAGCACAGAUUCACCCAUGGCUGAUUUACUUCACCAUCCUCACCCUCACCCUAUUCGCCGAAUCCUGGACAAUCUUCAUCCUGGGCUGGGUGCCCUUCUACAGCUGGUUUCGCCUCAUGUUCAUGCUUUACCUUGUCCUUCCUCAGACCCAAGGGGCCAAGAUCCUCUAUCUCGACUACCUUGAACCCUACAUUGUUGCCCAUGAAACUCGGAUCGACCAGUUCAUUGGGGACGUUCAUCACCGAUUGCAGCAGGUCGGCCUCGGCUACGUCAACAUCCUGGUCGAAUGGUUGCGCGAACGAGUCCUGGGCCAGAAAAACCCGCAGCCGCAACAGCCCCAGGAUGCUAGCUACACAAGCUAUGCCUCUGACCUCCUCUCUCGCUUUGCCAUUCCCGGAGCGCGGUCUAAUGCCCCGAUGCUCCCAGGAAAGCCAUCUGCUGGAGUCUAUGGUCUGGUUUCUGGCCUUGCCGGGGCUGCCUUUGCUUCUCAGUCUGGUUCAACUUCACGUUCUCUGGCGACCGAGGCUGGCAACAUCCCCAACUCGCUUGUGAGCGAGAUCCCAGGCGGAUCAAAUCAAGAGAAGUCAUCAUACAUCCAAUCCCAGCGUGAGCGACUUUCUUCGCUGCUGCGGGCCCUGGACACGGAGCAGCAAAAUCUUGACCUUGCUUAUGGAUCGUCGGGUCAACGAUCAGCCAGUUCAGGUUCAGGCCUUCAGACAAAGUCAAGGAGCGAACAGUCUUUCGAAAACGUCGAUUACGAUGAUGCAACCCACACCCCGGGUACGGGUACCUCAAGCUACGGAUCGACUCCCCCGAAAGCCGUGACGGAACGCCGCAGCCCAAGUGGUAAUUGGAUCUCCUCUGGUGUUUCUGGCUGGCUCGGUGGAUCAGAUGGCAAUCAAGAUCCCCGCGAUCGUGGCUCAAAAGGAUGGCAGAUGGCCCGUGAUAUGACGGAAGAUAUUGCUAAGGGCAUGAGCAGUGGUAUCGAUAAUAAUCGGCGCUAACACCACCUAUUUGAUGCCACUGAAGCUAUGAAUGUUGACGGCGUUGGGAUGACCGGGUUCAGGCUGGGCACGGGAUGAUAGAAUCGACCAAUGCCCGUAAUAAUUGGGGAAAAAUGAAAAUAUGUACCAUGCCAUAUCCAAACACAGGGACUUGUGGCCUCGAGUCCCUUGUACUAAACUGUAGGUAGACCGAGUUUCGACUUGUUCAAAUGGACGGCGAUACAUGAGUUCCAACUCGCAGAUCACGCCGUCCUUUCCCUUUCAAGGACAAACUACUGCAGGAACCAGGGCAACCCAGCGUAGCGCAGCGCAGCGGUUAAGCCCCAAGACGGGGGAUGAGUCAAAGUGAAGUGGGGGACUCAUAGAUCUCUCACUUGGAGGUGGGAGUGCUGGGAAUCUCUCUGACGCAUCAAGACACAAAAGGACUUUCAAGACACCCAGUGAGCUCAAUAGAGGAUUCACGUCCAGUCC